CAGCAUUUAUCGCAUCGCCGCAUCUAACCCUAAACUGUGUCUAACUGGCGGUUUCCAGAGAGGCUGCACUUUGCAGGGUUCACUUUCCUUAGAGAGGGAGUUGUCUCGCUGCUGAUGCUGGGGAGACCAACCCUUUAUCUCCCAUCUCGAAUCGCCAUCCCACCUCUCUGCGCAGCAGCUGAGUACACCGGGCUUUAUUAGGACACGCUGGAUGGCUUCUGCACUUACACCGGCGUGAAUCUCUUCCUCAUCACCCUUUCUUUGAGUCUGCAAACAAAACGAACGGCAACAACAAUGACGGACCCGGCCUCCCAGGACACCUACCCUGUCCCAGACCCGACUAUUGUGGAUCCCUUUACGGGUGCGAUGCGGAACGGCCAGUGCGCCCAGGAUGGCUUCACCAACAACCACCGCCAGCCUACCAAGAGCCCCGGCCAGCCGGAGACGCUCCCUACGGGCCAGGAGAUGAAAAUCACAGACAGUGUGGAGGGAGAAGGUCUUCUCGAGAGCAGCAUGCGGCUGAAGCCCCACGAAGCUCAGAGCUACAGGAAGAAGGCCCUCUGGGUCUCCUGGGUCUCCAUCGUGGUCACGCUCAUAAUGGCUGUGGCAGCUUUCAACUGA